CUGCCUUUCGGCUCUUCGGCCAAAAAGUUACCCGACCACAGGUCAUCUUGUGAACCUCUCUUACCGUAAAAAUCUCUCGCUUUCAAGAGGAGAGUUAGGGUGAGAGCGCCCUGCCAUGGGAUCGUGAAGAUGGAAGGCAUCAUUGAUUAAGAUGCCUACUGUGUACGUUAUUCAGAGCUCACCGUGGGCCUGGCCUUGUUCUGAGUUUUACAGGUGCCAACUAACCCUCACAGUAGCUGUUUACAGUAGGUAGCAUGGUUUUAUAAAUGAAAGCAAAAAAAAACCCCAAAUCCCUGAGGCACAGAAAUGUAAACGGUCCCUACACAGAAGAGCCUGUUGCUGGUAGAUUUGGGGUCAGGAUUCAGACUCAGACAUCUGGGUUCCCAGUAAACAGCAGCUUGUCUUAGGUGCAGACGUGAAAAAUAAUGAAUGGAUAGAUAGUUUUAAAAAUCAGUGUUUCUGACGUGUUCAUCACUUGUGUCUGCCACCCAGUAGGCAUCUUAGUGAAUGUUCAUUGAGUUGAUGUUCCCUUACUGGAGAUGUGUGUGCUGCGUGCUGCAUUGUGCCUUAGCUUCCCCCCCUUGGGAAGGAAGUGGUCCUGGGGGAAGCAUCGUGGACUUGGACUCCUGACUGAUGGCCUAGGAAAACAACCUUCUCAAGACUCAGGUUCCUCUUCUGUGAAAUGGAGAUGACAGCUAAACAUACCUUUCAGAGUUGCUGGGAAGGUUGAAUUGGUCAUUCAUAAGGCAGCUCUGACUCCUAUAAACUUCUUAUUUCUGGUGUAUGAUAUUCUUGUUGUUCUGGUCAUUGAGAAAACUGGUUAGAGUGUUCGAUGCAGUGUUGACUCAAGUAGAAAAUAAAUAUCUGAGCCUUGUAUUUGUCAUGAUCACUUAAAUUAUCACUAACCCAGACUAUCUUACAUCAGAGGGUAAUUUUGAUCUAUUUUUAAUUGGCAAAAUCAUUUUUGAGUUCUGUAUUAUUGGUAUUAUAAUAACCAAAUUCAUCUAAGUGAUAAGAAAGUUUUAAAUACCUUUUGGCAGAUUGUAAACGCCCAGUUCACUUCUACUGGUGGCGUGGUGAAGAAAUUAUUCCUCGUGGUCAUCGGAAAGGGCGAGUUGACGCUUUGAGAUACCAGAUAAAUGAUAAGCCACACAACCAGAUCCGCAUAGCCAAACAACUCCCUGAGUUUGUGCCGCUGGAUUAUUCUGUACCUAUAGAAAUUCCUGUUAUGAAUUGUAAGCCAGAUAAACUUCCCUUAUUCAAGCGACAAUAUGAAAAUACCAUAUUUAUCGGCUCAAAGACAGCAGAUCCAUACUGUUAUGGUCAUACCCAAUUUCACCUGUUACCAGACAAGUUAAAAAGGGAAAGACUAUUGAAAAUAAACUGUGCUGAUCAGAUAGAAGUUGUUUUUAGAGCUAAUGCUAUUGCCAGCCUUUUUGCUUGGACUGGAGCACAAGCUAUGUAUCAAGGAUUCUGGAGCGAAGCAGAUGUUACUCGACCUUUUGUCUCUCAGGGCGUGAUCACAGAUGGAAAAUACUUUUCCUUUUUCUGCUACCAGUUAAAUACUCUGGCACUGACUGCACAAGCUGAUCAGAAUAACACUCGUAAAAAUAUAUGUUGGGGGACACAAAGUAUGCCUCUGUAUGAAGCCAUCGAAGACAAUGAUGUGAAAGGUUUUAAUGAUGAUGUUCUGCUGCAGAUAGUUCACUUCCUACUGAACAGGCCAAAAGAAGACAAGUCACCAUCACCGCUACUGGAAAACUAAGAAGAAGCGUUGGACUUGGGGCUUUGGGAACCUUAAAUUUCACUGAAGCAACAAUAAAACGAAUUUCAGUGACGAGACUUGUGACUGCCACAUGUUAAAUGCACUGGUUUUGAAACAAAGAUUUCUUAUGUUAACCUGUGAUUAGACCUCUCAUUCUCAAAAUACAUGCUGAAAGAUUUAGUUUUAGAGAUAGUAUGUUGAUUUAAAAGUGAUUUUAUUUGUAAAUGACUAAUUGAUGAGACUGAUUUAGGUGUUUUCAAUACCCGGUGUUCCAAGUGAUUUUAAAGGUGGUAUGAGGGUAAUAAUUCAACUGCUGAUGCAUAUGUGGAUGUUUUGUUAAUAUCUUCCUUUUUAAAACGUUUUUGUUAACAUGAUAAUAGAACUUUCAGAGUCUUAUUCAAACUCCUUUUAAACAUAAAUGGUAUUUUGCAGAUAGAGGAAACUCAGUCCCAGGGGAGUUAAGUGACUUUUUUUUUUUUUUUAAAUUAACAAAUGAUUAAUAGCAUAACUGAUGUGAUGUAAUUUGGCAACUUCGGUGCUUAGCACUUAGCAGUAAUGCUCACAUGUUUCAGUCGGUGUUAUUUGCUCUAAGAUUAGGAAACUAGCUUUGCUGUGUUUUCAAAUUAGUUGCCAGGUGGUAAAGUUGUUAAUCUUACUGAGAAUUAAGGUUAGUUCAAAACAUUUUUAGUGAACAAAAGAAUGUACCUUUGUAUAAGCAUGCUUACACUUCCCAUUUUAUAUAACCUAUUGUGAAUAGUUAAAAUAGCCCAUUAUGUACUGUA